GCAUAGUUCAUUAAAAAAUCCGGAUCGGAUAUCUUAAUAAAAAUACGAUAAAUAUAAUAUUUAAUCACAUAAAUAUAUAUUAUUUUAUUCUCAAAGAUGGGCGAAGUGUCAUUAGAAACCACAGCUUACGCUAAGAUCAUACUACAUGCAGCGAAAUACCCGCAUUGUGCAGUAAACGGGGUGCUUCUGGCAGACGCGACAAAAAUUCGAGAUGGGGCCAAAAACCAGGACCUGGAUAUUGUGGACACCGUGCCCCUGUUUCAUCAUAGCCAUUAUUUGUCGCCUAUGGCAGAAAUUGCCCUCACACAGAUAGAAACAGUGGCACAGGCCAAUAACCGCAUCAUCGCUGGCUAUUAUGCGGCAUGUGAAAACUUCCACGACAACUCGGUGGACAAGUGCCCGGGACAGAAGAUUGCUGAAAAGAUAGUAGAGCACUUCCCAUCUGCUGUGUUUGUAGUGGUAGACAACAGGAAAAUGGUUCAGCACCUGGACACACCAGCUAUUAAGCUUCACAAGUAUGUGGAGGGAAAGUGGAAACUCAAGGAUGCCACCAAAGUGCUGUUCCAGACCCCGUACGUCCUGGAGACGGUCUCGCAGCUCCUGCAGAGCGACGUGCAGCGCGCGCUCGUCGACUUCGACAACUACUUGGACGACGUGACGCAAGACUGGACGAACCUCGGUAUCGAGAAGCUGGUCGCUAGCAUCGACGCUAGUAAUGAUGACGGUAAGGACAAGGACUAUCGGUAGACACUGACGUACUAUAGUUUAGCGUUUUGAUACAUGAAAACAUCAUACAGUCAACUGUAAAAAUAUGCACAAAUCAUACUUAAAAAUAUGUCCCAUAGCUCUUAUGGCAGCGGAUUAAGAACUAUGGGACAUAUUUCUGGGCAACUUGUUUACACCCAUAAUUAUACACUUGACUGUGCAUGAGCCGAUUUUCAAGUGUUAAGUAAAUGUAUCUACCGAUGAAAUUCGGACUUUGCAUUGGUUAGGAAAAUGUAUGGCUAAGGGCCUGUUUCACAAUCUCCAAGUAAAGUACUAAAUAAGCUACUUGCCACUUAUCUGACGAAUAAAGUCAUCUUUGGCGUUUCAAAAUCUUCAAAUAAGCUUAACUGGUAGAUAAAUACCUUUACACCUGAAGGUAGUUUUAUCUGGCAGUUAAGUUAUUUGUUAAUUAGCUAUCAAAUACUUUACUUGGACAUUGUGAAACAGGCCCUAAUACUUAGGUUUUAUUAAUGUUUUCUUAUUAUAUAUUUUAAAGUUAAAAAUUACUAAAGACGCGCCCGAAAGGCGCUUGAGAGAGCUAAAGACGCCGGUUCGAAUCCGGCCUUCACCAUUGGAGGGCUUCGUCACUUUUUCUUUAAUAUAUGACACCUAUUACAGUUUUUAAAAAUGACAAAUUUUUCAGUAGCCUAUACGGUCGAUUUUUGUAAUCAAACCCUAUCAUAGUAAAACUUUAUUGACAGUCGACCAAGUGGUACAGUCGCCGUCAGAUAUAUCGGAGCGACCGAGGUGGUCACAAAAUAUUCCGAUGUUUAUACACGCUUACGGUCGCCUGUCAAGGAACUAGAGUGCGUGUUCAGAUAUUUUUGGAGCACCUCGGCCGAUCCGAAUAUAUCUGAUGGCGAUUAUACCUAUUCCCAAAAACACUUAAUAAUUGUAUUUAUUAAUUUCAUUCCAAUCAACCUAUUAUACAUUUUUAUACUAUGAAAUUUCAUACAGUAUAAAAAUAAUGAUAUAAGG